AUGUCAUCCAGCUCCCCCAACGUCGAAGACAAAGCCGCGCGGACGUUGGCGAGGCUGCCCUGCAGCGCCUGCCAUUUGCCCCAUUCUGCGGCGUCAUCCAAUGUGAAGAGGGGCCUCUGCGGCUCGUCACGGGAUGACCAACGCAGGACAGACCCUCUCCAUGCUUUGGGAACAGGAGUUGCCAAGGCAGAGGCGGGAGCCGACCUCGACGCCGCCAUCAAGACGGGCAGCACCAUCCUGGAAGCCGCCGGUCUCACCGACGGUCCCGACGCAUGCACCCCUGCCCCCGUCGAGGCCGCCGCGGGCUCGCCCGUCGGUGCCACCGCCUCUGACGCGGGUGUCGGAGCAAGUGUCCCUGUGGCCGCCUCGCCCUUCGUCGCGACCACCGAGGCAGGCAUCCCCGCCCCCAUCAGGACCUCCGGAGCAGGCACCUCCGCCUUCGCCGCCGCUGCCGCCGUGGCUUCCCGGGCAGAGGUCCCCAUCUCCGUCACCACCUCCUCCUCCGUCGCAGCCGUCGGGGCGGGUGUCCCCGCCUCCUCCGCCACCGCUGUCCCCACCGUGGCCGUGGGGGCAGACUCUCCUUCCCCCAUCGUUGCCACCGUCCCCGACCCUUGGGCAAAAUGGUGGCUGAACCAUGGCACAAGCACACCAAAUCUUAGGAAAUUGGCAGCUAGGAUUCUGAGUCUGACCUACAACUCCUCAGCUUGUGAGAGGAACUGGUCAGUAUCUGAACAGGUUCAUACAAAAAAGUGCAAUAGGCUAUUUCAUGAAAGAAUGAGAGAUCUUGUGUUUGUUAAAUUUAACUCUAAGUUAAGGAAUAAGAGAGAGAAGAAGGAUAGAGAUCCCUUGGAGAAGGAAGUAGAUGAUGUUGUGGCACAUGGUGAUAAUGAAUUCAUUACUGGUAUUAUGCCUUUGCCAAGUGAAAUGGAACAACAAUGUGCACAAGAAUCACAGCAACACACACCACAAGAAGCACAAGCACAAGCACAAGCUAAAAGGAAAAGAUCUGUGCGCCCUAAGAAGAGGAAAGUCAGGAGCCUGCAGUCUUUGAUGAGAAAUGGUCUAGUGCAGCCUGAAGCUCCAUCAUCUGACUGA